ACUGAAGGCGGCAUAAAUGCAAAAAAUGGAAUACCAAAAAGAAAUUAUUUUAAGAGAAAUCUUGGACGUUACCACCAAAUUUAUUGAACAAGAUAGCGAUGAAGAAUUUGUUUAUGGUAAGAGAUUGAACUUAAACUUAAUACAAACGCAUGUACUAAUUAUUUUUAUGAAAAAGGCUUACUUGAUUUGUGCGAAAAAGCUACUGCACUACCGGGAAGAAUACGAAAACGUAUGUGGGUAAAGGAGUGGAGAGCUGAGAAGAAUAAUCGAGGCUCUUUUGUGUUCCUAACCAAGGAACUUCUCACUUCAGAUUCUGGGGGUUUCAAAAAUUAUUUAAGGCUGAACCAAAGUCAAUUUGACAUUUUACGAGAUCUGGUUAAACCAGAAAUCGAGCGGCGUAGUUCGCUGAGAAGAGAAACUAUUUCUGCAGCGGAGAAGUUGGCCGUGACGUUGAGAUUUCUUGCCACUGGUGAAACGUUUAUAAGUUUAAAUUACCAAACACGUUUGUCAACGUCCUUUAUUAGCGAGACCAUACCCGAAAUGUGGAAAAUAUUAUUUGAAAAAUGGAACACCUGCGUAUGCCAAGCAACUUUGCGGAAUGGGAAGCUAUAGCGAAAGAAUUCGCCAUAAAGUGGCAAUUUCCAAAUUGUUUAGGCGCCUUGGACGGCAAGCACAUCAACUUUCGGCCGCUGCGGAAGGACGGUGCAUUUUAUCGUAACUACAAGGGCACUAGUAGUGUAAUUCUAUUGGCCUUAGUUGAUGCCAAUUGCCGUAUGGUAUUUGUGGAUGUAGGGAAUAAUGGGCGUGCGAAUGAUGCUGGUGUGCUACAACAGAGUCGCCUUAAAGAAAUUUUAGAAAAAAAACAUUUGCCAAAAAGCUCUUUGAUUGGAAGGGGACGGAAUGUUCCCUAUGUUGUUGUAGAGGACGACGCUUUUCCGCUACAAAAGCACACAAUGAAGCCAUAUCCGUAUCACACGAAAAAUAAAAAGAAACAAAUAUUUAAUUUACGGCUCUCUCGAGCUAGGCAUGUUGUUGAGCAUGCGUUUGGAACCCUAAGCAAUAGAUUUCGAGUUUUUUUAACCACAAUGAACCUAAAAGUUGACACCGUAGAAAAAGUCACAUUGGCUUGUAUCGCAAUUCAUAAUUUUCUUUUACAAACCGAUAAUACAUAUAUCAACACGCCCCUAGAAACUGCAAGUAUUAGCAAUAACCCAGAAGUUUAUACAGAUGUACCAUAUAAUCCACGAAAAGGCGAAGCUGAACACAUAAGGCAAGAGUUCACAGAAUAUUUUAACGAAGAAGGCAAAUUAUAAAUUAAAAAGUAUAAUUUAUAAGCUCAUAUUAAUAUGUUGUUCCUACCCUAUAAUACAAAUAUUAUUAAA